AUGCUACAUCUGGAGCUUCCUUGGAGCUGGCUGGCGGUGACCUUCAGCAUGCUACUGUGUUUAAAGUCAUCCAUGAGCAGUGACGUAUCCGGCUCCCGGCCGAACAUUCUUCUUCUGAUGGCAGAUGACCUCGGCAUCGGGGACAUCGGCUGCUAUGGGAACAAUACCGUAAGGACUCCAAAUAUCGACCGUCUUGCAGAGGGUGGGGUGAAACUGACCCAUCACAUCACUGCCGCUUCGGUGUGUACCCCGAGUAGAGCUGCUUUUCUGACGGGCAGAUACCCUAUUCGAUCAGGUAUGGUUUCCAGCAAUGGUUACCGCGUUCUUCAAUGGGCUGGAGCAUCUGGAGGCCUUCCAACAAAUGAGACAACUUUUGCAAAAAUAUUGAAAGACCAGGACUAUGCCACCGGACUAAUAGGAAAAUGGCAUCUGGGUCUCAACUGUGAAUCCUCCGACGAUCACUGCCACCACCCGCUCCACCACGGAUUUGACCAUUUCUAUGGAAUGCCCUUCUCCCCGAUGGCUGAUUGUGCCCACUGGGAACUCUCCGAGAAGCGUGUGAGCCUGGAGCGCAAACUCAGCUUGUGCUUCCAGAUGGUGGCCUUCGCUGCCCUCACGCUGGUGGCCGGAAGGCUCAGCGGCCUGACUUGGAGCUCAUGGAUGCCGGUCAUCCUGUCUACCAUCGCGGCCACGGUGCUCCUCACGGCCUGGUACUUUGUGGGUGCUCUGAUUGUCCAUGCAGACUGCUUUCUGAUGAAAAACCACACCAUCACGGAGCAGCCCAUGCGCCUGCAAAGAACGACGUCUCUUAUCCUGGAGGAGGUCUCGUCCUUUCUCAAGAGAAACAAGCAUGGACCUUUCCUCCUUUUCGUUUCGUUUUUACAUGUCCAUGUCCCUCUUACCACUACGGAGAACUUCCUUGGAAAAAGUCACCAUGGGCUGUAUGGGGACAACGUAGAGGAGAUGGACUGGAUGGUAGGGCAGAUUCUUGAUACUUUGAACAAGGAAGGUUUGACCGACAGUACGCUCAUUUACUUUACAUCGGACCAUGGGGGAUCCUUAGAAUCUCAGUUCAGAAACAACCAGUAUGGUGGCUGGAAUGGGAUAUACAAAGGUGGCAAAGGCAUGGGAGGCUGGGAAGGUGGCAUUCGCGUCCCAGGAAUAUUCUGGUGGCCCAGGAUGCUGCCGGCAGGCCGAGUGAUUGACGAGCCCACCAGCCUUAUGGAUGUUUUCCCCACUGUGGUCCAGCUGGGGGGCGGCCAGGUGCCCCGGGACAGAGUGAUUGACGGACGGGACCUGCUGCCCCUGCUCCUGGGGAAUGUCCGGCACUCAGACCAUGAGUUCCUGCUGCACUACUGUGAGAGGUUUCUGCACGCAGCCCGGUGGCACCAGCGGGACAGAGGGACAGUAUGGAAAGUCCACUACAUGACCCCAGUGUUCCAGCCAGAGGGAGCCAGUGCCUGCUAUGGGACAGCGGUCUGCCCAUGCUCUGGGGAAAAUGUAGUCCAGCAUGACCCACCUCUGCUCUUUGACCUCUCGAGAGACCCUUCAGAGUCCCAUGUCCUCACACCAGCCACAGAGCCCUCAUUUUAUCAGGUGAUGGAGAGAGUCCAGCAGGCCGUGGAGCAACACCAGAAGACUCUCCACCCUGUUCCCCUGCAGCUGGAUAUGCUGGAAAACCUCUGGAGACCAUGGCUCCAGCCUUGCUGUGGCCCUUUCCCCCUCUGCUGGUGUGACACGGAAGACAGCCACCAAUAAACAUCUAUG